AUGAAGUUACUUGCAAAAGCCUUGUUGGCCUCCAGACUUGUACUCGCCACCAAUGGCCUAAGAACAAGAGUGACACCAAAUGAAACAAGGCCCUCCAAUAUUGAUGGGCCAUACGUGACAAAUCCUUUCCCGGGUCCGGGUAAUGAAUCUUUUGACUGGUGGUGGGCAAAUGUGAUCGGUGAAGAGGUCAACGGCAUUGUACCUUCUAUCGAAGUUGUCUUGUAUGAAGGCUUCGUCUUCACUCGUGGUCCCUCGGAUCCUUCAUUUCAAGUAGACAUUUCUGGAACUUUGCCAAAUGGCACUCAGUUUUUCAUCGUUAUACCAGCAGACACUGCAACAGUCACUGAAAGUGAAGAACGAGUGACAGCUGUGUGGAAAGAUCCUUCAGGAGAGACCAUCGCCAGCCUGCUCUCCACCACUGGUCCACCACGCACAUUCGAUGUUUCGUUCAAUUACCCGCCGUUGGGGAUAUCAGGAUCUGUCAGUCUGGUUGGCACUAAUACGCCUCCGCAUACAGGUUGCUCGGGCAAUACUUCUGGCUCUCGUUAUUUCGAUCCUGCAAUUCCUGCCGGAGCAAACUUCAACGAUGCACAAACGGAGUUUUUCACUAAUCUUGGGUGGGCCAUUGCUAUGCCCGGAACGACUUCUGCCAAAGUCAACAUUGUUCUUGAUGGACAUAGCGCGUCAUUUGAAGGAGCUGGGUAUCAUGACAAAAAUUGGGCAGAUAAGCCAAUCGAUCAGUACCUGAAUACCUGGCUCUUCGGCCUGGGAUCAUGCGGGCCCUAUCAUGUUGCAUUUGUCGAGGCACAGCCACUGAAUUCACCGCAUAAGGAUGAUUUCAUGUCCGGCUACCUAUCCUUUGAUACGGAGAUUCUCCAAUCACAGUGUACAACUUUCUCCAACUUACCAUAUCCUAAACCCAACACCUUCAACUUCAAUAUCAGUGGGACUGCAGAUUCACCGGCCGCUGGUGUCAAUUUGCCAACCAAUAUGUUUGCUGAAUACGUCAUUCAUAACGGCAGUCGUUACCAGUUCGACUUGAAUCUGCUACCAGGAACUCCAGCUUUACCCAUUUACAACAGAUGGAGGGCGGUAGGUAAGGGUGGACUUGUUGGUGGAAAGCAGUAUGAUUGCACUAUUUUGGGGGAGUGGAUGAACCCAGGUGCCGUCCCAUACACGGAUGGCGCCAAUAUCUUCGAAUCAUAA